AGCACUAUCAGCUGUUCAGUAAUCUCCUUGCCCAACGUGCUCCCCGGAUAAAUUUGCGAUUUUUCGAGAGUCUAGAAAGACGCAUGUAGAUCUAUAUUUCUGUAUUUUCGUUACUGUCUAUUAGUAUAUAUGGUUCUCGAAAGAUAUGCUUUGUAACCUACUGUCCGAGUAUGUGCUCCGACGACUUUUCAAUUGCUCGUAAGAUAUUCGACGUGUAUACACAGUGCGCACGGUGUUCAGUCCAUACUCUCCACAGUGGUGCUCCAGUUAUUUAGACUUCCGGGAUAAGCUGUCAUCAGAUAUCAUCGAAUUAAAUAUCGUCGAAAUUGACAUAAGUUUCAAUGGCUCAGCAGCUGACAAAUUGCGUCUUCUGUAAAAUUAUUAGGGACGAGGAACCUGGUGAGAAAAUUUACGAGGAUGAAGACCUUACGUGUAUUAAAGAUAUUAAUCCAGUAUCCACGCAUCAUUAUUUGAUAUUACCGAAAAAACAUAUACGUAACGCGAAAACACUUCAACCUGAAGACUCUGAACUUUAUGACAAGAUCGUUGCUGCAGUAGACAUUAUCUCCGAAAAGAUGAAUCUUGAUCCUGGGUCUACGCGAACAGGGUUUCAUUGGCCGCCCUUUAAUACCGUCGAUCAUUUACAUUUACACGUUAUUUCGCCAAUAGAGAAAAUGAACGCUGUGAGAAAGAUGAUGUUCAAUCCCAAUAUGUUUUGGUUUGUGAGCACAGACUAUGUGAAAUCUCGCCUGGAAAACUGUAAACUGUAGGUCAUUAUUGUGAUUUUAUUUGUUAAUCGUCUUCCUGGCGCGAUAAAAAUC